AUGCCCAGGUGUUUCAUAAACUCUGUGCGACGUCUCAAGAGGAGUUUCAUACAGGAAUUUGGCGAAUUUUCGGUCGAAAACGAAAUAAUAAAAUCUACGCGAGCUCCGAAAAUAAAUAUAAAGCGUCUGAAAAAUCUAUUAAAAACAAACGAAACUAUAUACCACGACAAAGUGCCGAUAUCAACGCGAUUCUAUCUACAAUUACUAAAGAAAAGUCAAUUCUUACAACACUUUCAAGAUUCUGAACCUUACGAAUACGCUUCGGAAAGUGAAAAAGCAGUAAAGUCACCAGAACUAACUAAAACAAAGAUUUUAAUUAAAAAAGAUGCGGACAAAACAUAUAAUUUGAGAUCGAGCGAAGCUAAAACGGAACGCAAGACGUAUGACAAAACGCAUCGUCGAAAACGGAACGGGUGCGAUAACGAAACGCAAUCAAUUUCCGAACUGAUACAGGAAGUUAACAGGAGGCGCAAGCCGAGGAAGGAACCUUUGGCGCCAAUUAUAGAAGAAAUUAAAAGCAGGGAACCGCUGAAAUGCAAUAACAAAGGUGGUUCGGAAAUAGACAAGAUAGCUGAAAAGCUGAAGAGUCUCGUGAAGGCCAGUGCUGAUGAGAAACUGGAUAAGGAGCUGCUCACGUGCACGGAGUCCUUCGACAUGGAGAGCGUGGAUGGCGCCGAGAGAGAUGACAACAAGGAGAAUGUUGAGCCCUCGGAAGCCCGCGAAUGGUCGGAGCCGCGGCGCUACCCGCGCGCGACGCACACGUGCUCCUACUGCGGCAAGGGCUUUGACCGGCCCUGGGUCCUGAAGGGCCAUCUGCGGCUGCACACCGGAGAGAGACCCUUCCCCUGCCCUCAUCCACACUGCGGCAGGACAUUUGCUGACCGUUCGAACCUGCGCGCUCACCAGCGCACGCGCGGCCACCACUCGUGGCAGUGGCGCUGCGCCGCCUGCGACAAGGCCUUCAGCCAGAGACGGUAUCUGGAGCGGCAUCGCGACGAUGCUUGCAGGAAGUACAAGAUGCACACAAGGAAUUCAUCAAAAUGCAACACGAAGGUCCCCAAGCUGGAAGCGACAGUUCCAAUGUACGGCAUCAUACGUCACAACGAUGCGAAGCUGGUGACCGACCUCACCGACUGCGAGGGCCCUAUAGACCUCUCCAUAGGAAAGAGGCGGACGGAAGAUGUAGACUAAGACUAGGUGUAAGAGUUAAUGUUAAUAAAUUAGUGGAUUGUUGA